CUAUAUAAACACGGCCAUUAUCAAACUACCACCAAUACAUUGCCGACCGUCACAGCGACCGCACAUUUAAAAUAAAUAACUUGGAGCUUUUAAAAUAUAAAGUUGUGUCAGUGAUUAUAGCGGCCCUUCAAUUUUACAGGACCUAAAUUCAUGAUGAAGGUCUUACUAUUAUGCCUAGCCUUCGCGGCUGUGACUCUGGCCAUGCCAGUUGCCGAAGAGAAACCUGAUGUCGUCGCCCCACCUGCACCAGUCGCGGCCGCUAAAUCAGAAGAAGUUAAAGAUCAACCAGCUCCAGCAGAAGAAAAGAAAGCUGCCGAAGAACCAGAAAAAGCAGAAGUUGAGAAACAACCCGAAGCCAAAGCCGCACCUGUAGACGAAGUCAAACCCGACGUCGAAGCUGAAAAACCUGAAAAAGAAAUAAAAGCCGAAGAAGUUGCACCAGAACCCAAAUCUGCAGAACCUGAAGUUGAAAAGAAACCUGAAGCUAGCGACGCCGCUGAGUCUAAGGUAGAAGAGAAAGCUGCCGAGCCUGAAGUUAAAGCAGCUGAGGAACCAAAAGCCACAGAAGUGCCUGCAACCGUAAACGAGGUACCCAAGGAUGCAUCAGCGAAGUCUGCAGCGUUGCCCGAGGAACCCAUUGAUGUCGUUAACGCUGUUAAAAAUGACGCCAGUAUUGCUGAUGAUGUCAUGAUGCCAGACGUUAUUAUUCCGGUCCCACAAAAGAAAAUAGACUUGAAGGAAACCCCUGCUGCUGCAGAGGAGCCUGAAAUCAAAAAGUCAGCAGAAGAGCCCGUAAAGUCUGAAGUGAGCAAACCAGAAGAACCCAAAGUUGAAGCCAAGAAUGCGGAACCCUCCUCGGACGCGACUCCCGCUGCUCCGAAAUCUGAGGAAACCACUCCUGCCCUUGAAGAUAGCCUCCGCGUAGUACGCAAUACUGUCGACGGUAAACUGGUUAUUCCCGCUGAAGACAAACCUGAAGCCGCUGUUAUUUCGGAAAGCAAACCCGAGUCUGCUCCAGAAGGCAAGUCUGAGCCUGCUGCAGAUAACAAACCGGAGACUGUUGCGGAGGACAAACCUGAGGCUGCCGCCGAGAGCAAAUCUGCUCCUGCUGUAGAAAGCAAAUCUGCGCCAGCUGAAGAAAACAAAGCUGAUGUUGCUGAGGAAAAGGCUGUGCCUGCUGUCGAAGAACCCAAAUCGGCUCCUGAAGCCUCCAAAGAAGCUGAGAGUCCGAAAGAGGAAAAGAAGGCAGAGCCUGAACAGAAAGAAUUAAAAUCAAGCGAACCCGCUGCAGCACCUGAGCCCGCUGUAGACGCUGUCGCUAAAGAAGCCGCACCCGCGGCCGAAGAGCCAAAGUCUGAGAACAAAGUGCCAGUACCUGAGAAGAGUGAACCAGCCCCGCCUAAAUCUGAAGAAAAGCCUUCAGGAGACCAACCAGCGAGCUCAAGCUCUGAAGAGAGCGGAGAAAGUGCAGAGUCAAAAGCUAGCGCAGAAAACUCUUCUGAAGAGAAAAACUAGAUAAGUAGUGAGGUGGUCAGCGGCGGCGGGCGUGUGUCGACGUCCCUCGACACGCGCCCCCCGCCCGCCGCACGCGCGUGCGGAGCGAGCGAGUGUGUGAGUGAGUGCUGCGUGCGAGCCGACGCAACAAGCGCCGAGUGCGAGGAUAUCCCGACUAUUCAUUAGAUCUAGAGACUAUUUAAAUAGCCGAACCGAAAAAUUACCUAUGUUGUAAUUAUUAUUUGUCAAAGUAAAUUAUCGAAUUUCCGGUAUUAUAAGUAAUAAAAUAUGUUUUUAUAA